AUGCUUGUGGAACCCGGCGGCAACGUGACGACGAAUGGCGGGGCGGCGCCGGGCGGCAGCAGUGCGGCUGUAGUCUUGACGACCGCCGCUGCUGCCACGAUGGCGAUGGGAAGUGGAAAUGUGAAUGGAAAUGUGUGUUUGUGUGGGGCUGGGAGUGAGAAUAAUGCAGCCUUGUUGGUGAAUACACCGUCCUUGUCGGAUUUCAUUGUGGGAGGCGGCAAUGGGAGUAACAGUCCCGCCCGGGGAAGAGCGAUGGGGAAACCUUUUCUCAUUCCACACACUACUGCCGCUUCUUCUUCUUCUUCUGCUGCGGCUGCGGCUGCGGCUACUGCUGGUGUUGGUGGAUGGCCAGUAGUGGAUCACCCACCACUGCUGCAACCACAACAUCCAAUCCAACAACUACCACCUCCUCCUCCUCCUCCACCGCCAACAACAACAACAACAACAACGACAGCAGGUAUAGGUAUAGGUAUAAGUACAGGUACAACAGGGGGACAGUACUUUUCUUCCUUUGAUGAUGUACGUUACACGCACUCGAACAGUAAAGCUAACGGUCUCAGUGGUAGUACGGUAUUUAUAAACACGCCAUUAUCGCCGUACAAGACAUCCAUGGUGCACUUUGCUGCAGGAACAGGUGGGUCUGUUGGGUCUGGUGCGCGGAGUGGUAUCUUUUCUAUUAUUGGAACAACAGACUUCAACAGUGGUUCAAACAAUUCAAAUGGUACCAAUCCUGUAGGAUGUGCCUCAUCUUACUUUAGUGAUACCACCAAUUCCCCUGGUUUGUCACACCGUAUGAUGAGUCUCAGUGUUACGGGUAAUGGUAGCACAAGUACAUUAAUGGGUACACCCCCUAGUAUGACUGGUAUCAAUCCCACAACAACGGCAAACAGUACGAAUAUCAAUACCAAUACCACCAGUAUUGCUGCGGCUUCUGGUACUACUAUUACUACUCCUACUUCUGCCCCACCUACUAUUGUAACUAAUAAUACUAAUAAUAAUAAUAAUACUAAUGGUAUUAAUGCUACUGUUACAACUAAUACUACUUCUAAUGCUACUACAAAUACAAAUGUGGAUACAAAUCUGGGAUUGAGAAAUGAAUUAUUGCGGAUGAGUAUGUCACUGGAAUUACCAUCAUGGUCUCCGCAUGCUACAGCAGGAAUGGUUGGUGGACCUUCUCCCGUCUUCUUUACAUCCGUCGAUGGCGCACUGCGGCUGAAAGUACACCCAUUGCGAUUUAAAAUGCUCCCGUCACCCGUGCCAUAUGAGAUGGUCUUCCCCCCAUCACCACCCACCCAUCAACAACAACAACAACAACACACAUCACUAUCAUCAUCAUCAUCAACAACUACAACCACCACUACAACAACAACAACAGCAACAGCAACAAGAAACCCGUCACCUCAACGCCUCGCACAUUAUCAAGCUAUUAUGUUGCGAUGGUACAGUCGUAUCCUUAUUGCACAGGAGAACGUUCGCGCCCGCAUCCGUCAACGCUGCCCACCACCACCAGAGAGCAUUCUGCAGCACAUGGCCACCGUAUCCAACAAUGCUGCCUCCACUACGGGCACAACAACAACAACAGCAGCAGCAGCAGUGACCACACCUAUUACUGCCGAUCCGGUGGAAUUGCAGAACUGGUCCAUUCAAUGCUACCGUUGGUGGGAUGAGACAUCACGUAAGCGCACACGUCGUGGACACCGCGGUGGGAAAGCACCAGCAGGCGGGAAUGUCGCCAGAGUCGCCCUACUACAGCAACAACAACAACAACAACAGCAGCAGGAAGCACAUUCACUACCGUAUCAUCCACGCCAAGAGCAAAUAUCAACUGAUAGACAGCCACUACAAUCAGCAGCAGCAGCAGGAGGAGGAGGAGUAUUGCAGUCACAUUCAACUUCUCGUGAUAUCCCUGGGGAUGCCGGCGAACGUGCGGCGGGAUCGUACGCGUUGCCGUACACUGCCUCCCACACACGGAGCACACACCACGACGAUGAUAUUGAAAAGUCACUCCAUCGAUGGGUUGAAGAUAUUUUGGACGAUGAGUGA